AUGUCAGAGGUCAGACUGCUCGAUGCCAGCGUAGAUGAGGAGGAAGUCAGCGACUUGCGCAUAUUGGUCGACCAAAAGCAUAUCAAGCAUCUCACUGUAGAUCCAGGCGUCUACGACAGCCACACGAUGUUGUUUUCUCCAUGGUUGGCAGCUGCGCUGCCUUCAUUACCACAAGGCCCAUGGAAUUGCGCGCAUAUAUCUUCCGAUCCAAUAACUGGGACACCAUGUUUCUCCAAUGUCGAGAAUAAGCCGUUACCUGGCAUCACGCACUUGUGGCACCCACUUUACAUCGACUAUCUGGAUCUUCAGCUGGGCCGCAAGCUACGCUUCAAUGUGCAAGAAGCCACAUGCCCUCAGAUCGGAGGCAAAGUUGUGGUGAAGCUGGCCAGAUUCCCGUGGGAGAUUCCAUUGCUCGAGCAGGAGACACAAGCAUACGAAUGGAUCAAGGAUACUGAUAUCGGCCCUGCCUUCCUUGCACACCNNCUGACAGAGGNNGAAGGGAGAACUAUCGGAUUCGUUAUGGAACAUAUCGCCAAUGCGCGUCAUGCAGAACCGGAGGAUUUAUCUCUAUGUCGAGAAGCUUUGGGCCGCCUGCACAAGUUGGGGAUUCAGCACGGCGAUGUCAACAAGCACAACAUUCUGUUUCAUGACGAGAAUGUGACGCUGAUUGACUUCGACUGUGCAAAUCGCCGUCAAGAUCCUGAGCGUCUAACUGCAGAGCUACUCUCGCUCGAAUCGGAACUUCGAGACACCUCCGGCCGAGGCAGACCAAUGACCGACCACAAUCAUGGUGGGAGCAUCGCAUGA